AAUAUAUCUUUAUUUUGUUUCAGGUGGUAUGUGCAAAAAGAACUUCAAGAAGAAAUGGGGAAAGAAACUCAAAAAAGGGACUUAAUUGAAGGAAUUUGAAAUGCAAGGCCAAAUUACCAAAAAUCAUACAAAACUUCCUUCCCCCUUGCUUGGUGCACCUGAGCCUGCGCCCUGCUACACCCUACUACGCCCCUUUUUGCUUGCUGCACUCUGCACUGCUGUGCCCCCUACUUGCUGCAAUCGCCUGCGCCCUGCUUGUUGCACCCUGCACUCUGCUGUGCCCCUACCUACUCUGCUGCGCCUCCUGCACUCUGCGCCCCAAUCCCGCGCCUCUACACUCCUGCUUGCUAUAGCCCUGUCCUUGCCUCACCUACCAAAAAAACAACGCAUACUAGACAAAAUUGGCAUCAUCAGUGAUUGACAGAGCAAGUUUUAUUUAUUUACUUAUUUCAUUUUUAUUUUAUUUUAUUAUUUGGGUAUAUAUAUAGAAAAAAAAUCAGAUCAGGAAGGGGUUUUUUUUUUUUUUUCUUUUGUUGAUUUUUGGGAGUCUCCGUCUGGGUUUUCGAGAGAAGUAGAGGGAGAUUUCAUGGAGAAGAAGGAGGGGGUUCUUUUGGCUUGAGUCUGGUGUUGACAGCGGAGAAAAAGAGGGGUUUUUCUGUUGGAAGGAGACUGGUGUUUGAGAAAGGAGAUUAUCAAGUUGCAAGAGGGAUUUCAUCUUUGGUUGCCAUUGUUAGGUAUAGCUCUGAACAGGGUUUUUUUUUUUAGGAAAAUGGUGAAGAAGAUGAUGGGAACUUGAUCCCGUGGGUGGGAUUCCUCCCACCAAAUCCAGAUCUGUUUUCCUCUAAAAAAUCCGUCGUGUUUGUUUUGGUUUUUUUUUUUUUACCUUCUCUGUUGAUGUUUUCAUGUUCUUUUAUUUAGAUCUGGUGUUAAGCUUAUGUAUGCCUUUUGUGGAAAUGAAAAAUGAAAAAUAAA